AUGGAUGGAGAUGAUGGAUGGAAACGGAGACCCUCAACGCCCUUUCGCAUCAUCAACCUGCGACAGGCCGACAGGUCUGUUACAUGGCGCUGCAGCUCGUCGAUUCGAUCUCACCGUCAGAGACCAUGGCCAGCGGUCUGGAGGCAGCCCGCGUGUUCAACUCCACAACACCCACAUUUCUCACUUGUUGGCUGUCUUGGACAGGUUGGAAGAUCAGCUUGCUGGCCUGAAGAUCAACCGGCUGCGGGGAGCAUUACGCGUUCGACGUGCUAUGGAGAGCCUAGAGGCCAGAGCACGUUGCAAGCGUUCAGCAGGACGGACGCUCUGGGAAAUCCGAGGGGCGGGAGUGCUAGCAGCUGUCCUGAAGUUUGUAUGACUGUGGAGCUGAAAAGGAAAUGCCGUGGCCAGUCGGAUGCAGCGAAAGACGCACCGCCGCAGCUUGAUAUGCGGCUAGCAAAUGCAUUUGGAUGCUGCAAAAAGAAUGCUGGAUGUGCAAUGAUAUCGGUGGGAAAUGGUGAAUGGGCACGCAAUUACGUAGCUGUAGCACAUGGCGAACUUUGGUUUCGAGAACGAGGGCAGGGAGGGGCUGGGGAUACAGUGGUCAAAGUGACGUCGAGAGGGCCUGGGGUACGAAUCGCGUGCUGUUGUGUUGAGGCAUGCAUAUUCAUCCGCACAGAGCUUACACAUGUGCAGACGACAGGUCAACUCAACACCAAAAAACACCUCGGUGAGCCCCAGCCGAAUCCUACAGCCUCAGGAACGCUGGCUUCCGCUCCUGCAGUCUGCGCUGCGCGUGAAAAGCGGAAAGGGCAAAGCCACUCGGCGGCGUCAAUAUAA